UGUGUCCACAGGCAUCCCCUGUGAGGGCGGACUGCGGUGCCUCUGCUGGAAGAUUCUCUUAAACUACCUCCCGUUGGAGAGAGCCUCAUGGACCGCCAUCCUGGCCAAGCAGAGGGAGCUAUAUUCCCAGUUCCUGAGGGAAAUGAUUAUCCAACCCGGCAUUGCCAAGGCCAACAUGGGUGUGUCCAGAGAGGAUGUGACCUUUGAGGACCAUCCACUCAACCCCAACCCUGACAGCCGGUGGAACACAUAUUUCAAGGACAACGAGGUGCUGUUGCAGAUCGACAAAGACGUCCGGAGGCUGUGCCCAGACAUGUCCUUCUUCCAGAGGCCCACCGAGUACCCGUGCCUCCUCAUCCUGGACCCCCAGAACGAGUUUGAGACCCUCCGUAAGCGGGUGGAGCAGACGACGCUGAAAUCCCAGACCGUGGCCCGGAACCGGAGCGGGGUCACAAAUAUGAGCUCCCCACACAAGCACUCAACGCCAUCAUCCCUGAAUGAGUACGAGGUGCUGCCCAAUGGCUGUGAGGCCCACUGGGAGGUGGUGGAGCGGAUCCUCUUCAUCUAUGCCAAGCUCAACCCUGGCAUCGCUUACGUGCAGGGCAUGAACGAGAUCGUGGGGCCCCUCUACUAUACCUUUGCCACCGACCCCAACAACGAGUGGAAAGAGCACGCCGAGGCAGACACCUUCUUUUGCUUCACCAACCUCAUGGCUGAGAUACGGGACAACUUCAUCAAGAGCCUGGACGACUCACAGUGUGGCAUCACCUACAAGAUGGAAAAGGUGUACUCCACCUUGAAGGAUAAGGACGUGGAGCUCUACCUGAAAUUGCAAGAGCAGAACAUUAAGCCCCAGUUCUUCGCCUUCCGCUGGCUGACGCUGCUGCUGUCCCAGGAGUUCUUGCUGCCUGAUGUCAUCCGUAUCUGGGACUCCCUCUUCGCUGAUGACAGCCGCUUUGACUUCCUCCUCCUUGUCUGCUGCGCCAUGCUCAUAUUGAUCCGGGAGCAGUUGCUGGAAGGGGAUUUCACUGUGAACAUGCGGCUCCUUCAGGAUUACCCCAUCACAGAUGUCUGCCAGAUCCUACAGAAAGCCAAGGAACUCCAAGACUCAAAGUAGCCUGGCAGCAAGAGGCCCAGGUUUGGGAGAGAAGCCACCACCGUCCGUGUCCUGGCUUCUGGAACAGAGACGCCUGUGGGAUCCCAGCCCGAGGGGAAGCUCCAGGCCUUCUCCCUUGGCUCCGUCCCCCUAGGCCACUCCCACGGGGGCACACUGUGCCAGCUCCUUCCUGACCACCAAGCUCUGGCUCCCUCUCUGCUCUGCAACCCUGGGGCCCUUUUCCCAGGCAGCUGAGCAAGGCUGGCGCUCCCGAGGUUGUUUCCUGGGACUGGGCAGAUGGGGGCGCUGGGGCUGGCAGAGGUCCCUCCUCGCCUCUGCGCUGCUGCUCCCUCCUGCUCUGCUCGGGGCAGGUGCUGGCAGAUGAGCCAGAAACCACCUGGGGGGUUGGUGCUCAGGCUUCUCCGUGGGCACUGACACUGAGGGAGCUAAGAAGCUGCCAGGCCCAGGCCACACCCUCUGCCCUCACUGGGUGUGUGUGUCUGUCAGUCUUCUCUGUGUCCAUCAGUGUGGAUGUGAGCGGGAGGGUUUUUGAUUCCCUCUAGGUCUCUGCUUCUCUGUCUCUCUGCCUGUCUCCUUCUCCCUCCAUCUCUUUCACAGAGACUUUGCUCCUCAACAUUGCUCUCCCUCUGCCCUCCUCUCUUGGGGUGCCUUAUCCCCAGCCUCUUCCCCCCACUCCUCCCCUCCACGCCUGUGAAACCCAGAGAUAGAAUGAGGAAUCUGGCUUAGCAAAGCCCCUGGAAGUCACCCUUGGCCUUUGCACCCUGUUCCCACCCCCAGCCCUAGGCUCCCAGGUCCCUCAGACUGGGAGGGAGUCCACAGUGCCUCACUAGAGGGCCCUGAACCUGCUUCUCCCCCUCCCCCCCAAAUCUUGGAAACCAAAAGCUGCUGAGAAAUGAUGGCCCAUGAGGCUUUGAGCCUCUUACCCUCCUUUCUGCCCACGGGUGGAGGAGGGAGAGCUGAGUCUUCCAGAGAUUUCCCCAAAGGAAAAGGACGUGAAGGCGGUGCUGCGCCGGGGCUUGGGACCAAGUGCUUCAGAAGAGCAGUCAUUCCCGCGGCUUUCAGGGCCCAUCCAGGGAGGGCGAGUCCCAUGGGAGCCUCCCUGGGCCGGCUGAGCUCAGAGGCCCUGGAUCCUGGCGGGGCCAGGGGAGCCGAGCAAGCAGAAGCGGGUGCUGGUCACCCACUUGGGCUGGUCCCAGGAUUUGGGGUGGAUGCACUUAGAGCAGGAGCCGUUGGCUACUCCCACUGCUGGGCAGUGGAAAGAAAGGGCUUAUUCUGAUCAAGUCCCUUCCCUCCUUUUGUAAGGAGGCAGGUGGUUUGGGUCUGGACAGCCGGGUCAUGGAGCAAGGGUCUUCAUCCUCUGCUCAGACUGGCGGCCAGGUACCCUGGUGCCCCCGUAGCCUUCCUGAGGCUGGCAGCCAGGACUCUGCCCGCAUAAGCCAGGCUGUGGGCCAGGAACAGCUUCCCCCAGGAGCUCCUACUGCUUUGGAUGCUGCUGGGACUUUGUGCACUUGCCCGUUUGCCACCUCCUCUCAUAACACACAGUUUUUGGGAGAUUUUUACUAUUUAUUCAAACUCUUGGAUAUUUAUUGCAGAUUGGCAAGUGCUUGGUUUGGGGGUGUGGGUGGAGCUGGGAAUGCAGAAAAGGAGUUAGAAGCAUGUUCUUUGGGCUUUCUGAGGUCAGACUCAGCGUCCUCUCCCCCUGCCUCUGGAACCUUCCUGCUGGGGGUGCUCUGAGCUCUGUCCUGGAACUGGAAGGAAGACUCCAAGACCCUGCAUGGGGCAGAGACACUGCUUCCCACCAGCCUGGCCCACCUUCCCAGAACUUGUCGGCUUGUUCAGUUCCAACUCUGACUCCUUCUCAGCCUGAGAUGAGGGCCACAGCCUGGGACCCAGCAGACACUGCCCAGGGCACCUGAUGCGUUCCCUCUCGCCUGUCCCCUUGCCUUCCCUUCUGGGGCCACACUACUUGAAUCACUGCAUCUGAUUUGCCUCAGUGGCAGGCCUGAGGCCAGUGCCCUCUCCUUGACUUUGGGAUGAAGGUCAAGAGCACAGAGACCAUGUCCAGGUUUGGCUGAGGAAAGGACCUACCCCUGGUGAUUCCCUUUCUCUAAAUUCUCAAGGGAGGUUCCCAGACAGCCCGAGUGCCCGGCUUCC